AGAUCACUGUACUUAAGCGCACUCUUCAACUCAAAAAUAGAAAAGAGAGAAACCAACGUCGACAGCCGCGCUGCCUUCUGAUCAUUUUUGCUACCGCGUUUUGUUCUUCUCCAGGAUUUUGUCUGGAGAAUGUUUGUUUGAGAUUUUGCAAUCGAAGACGAAGAAAGAAGAAAAAGACCAAAGCAACAAUGGCUCCCGGUAGUAAAGCAAACAAAAAAGCAACCGUAGAUGCUGCUGCCUGGAUGUUCAAUGUCGUUACUUCUGUCGGAAUCAUCAUUGUCAAUAAAGCUUUAAUGGCUACUUACGGCUUUAGCUUCGCAACAACCUUGACCGGUCUACAUUUCGCCACGACCACACUUAUGACACUUGUUCUAAGAUGUCUAGGCUACAUUCAGCCUUCUCAUCUUCCCUUCACAGAGCUUCUUAAGUUCAUUCUAUUUGCAAACUUUUCGAUCGUUGGGAUGAAUGUUAGUCUUAUGUGGAACUCCGUUGGGUUUUAUCAGAUUGCAAAGCUUAGCAUGAUUCCUGUAGCUUGCCUGUUGGAAGUAGUGUUCGAUAAGAUUCGUUACUCGAGAGACACGAAGCUUAGCAUAGGACUUGUUCUUGUGGGUGUUGGUGUUUGCACUGUCACUGAUGUUAGUGUCAACACCAAAGGCUUCGUUGCUGCUUUUGUUGCUGUCUGGAGUACUGCUUUGCAACAAUACUAUGUGCAUUAUCUUCAGCGAAAGUAUUCGCUUACCUCAUUCAACCUACUGGGUCAUACUGCUCCGGCCCAAGCUGCAACGUUGUUGAUAGUCGGUCCAUUUCUCGACUUUUGGCUGACAGAAAAACGAGUAGACAUGUAUGACUACAACGUUGUCUCUCUGAUGUUUAUAACCCUCUCGUGCACAAUAGCUAUUGGGACAAACCUCAGCCAGUUCAUUUGUAUAGGGAGAUUCACGGCGGUGUCGUUCCAAGUCCUGGGCCAUAUGAAGACGAUCUUGGUGCUGACAAUGGGCUUCUUCUUCUUUGACAGAGAUGGUCUAAACCUGCACGUGGUUCUCGGCAUGAUAAUUGCAGUGCUGGGGAUGAUCUGGUACGGUAAUGCCUCGUCCAAGCCGGGUGGUAAGGAGAAGAAGAGCUAUUCUCUUCCAACGACCCGUCAACAGAAAAAUGGAGAUGAUUCUGAUGAAGGACCAAGGUUAAAAGCUUAGCAAGCGUUAAGCAGAAUUAAUGAUGAGUCUCUCACUACAUACAUGGCACCCUUUUUAUACAUCAUAUGUUUUAGUAUUCUUUUUUAGCUGAAUAUUGAAAAAUCCUAGCAUUUCAAUUUUUAUUUUUUCAAUA